AUGGCAGGGUAUGGCUGUCUGGGGCUGGGGCUGUUCUGCUGGGUCCUACUUGCUGUUCCCGUGGGCCCGCAGCCUGCCUCCUCUGUCCCAGGUGCCCAUCUCACCACUCUGGCCCCACUACCUCAGAGUGAGGCCUCUGUGCUGUCUCUCAACCUGGGACUUAACUUCAAAUUCCACCUUCGGGGACCUGCUGCUGCCUGGGGGAGCCCUGUCACGGAGACCCAGGCACUUCCUCCUGGGCCGAGCCGGGAGACGGAGGAAGAGGUGGCCAGUGGGCUGAGGACUGACCCCCUUUGGGAGCUGCUAGUGGGCUCUCUUGGGAACUCCCCCCCAGAGUGGGGCUCUGCUGAAGGCAGUUCUACUCCCUGGGCCUCCUCCCGGCCUCUGGAGUCCACCUCCCUCCUCUCGGGGUCCACGGACCGGCCCACUGCUCCCUAUCAGCCCAGGAUGGGCACUGUGACCUGGGAUACUGCUCUGACGGCUACAGCACCUCCAUCCAGUGCUCCCCGGCUCCACCAGAGCGAGCUGGAACUGAAGUUUGACAUGGCGCUGAGAGCAGGCGCAGCCCCCACACUCGGGCAUCGAACACUGCCCCUGCUGCCCAGCCUGCGGGCCAGCCUGGCAGAAAUUGCUGGGCGCCUGGGACCCUUUGGGUUCUUUGGCACUACUGUGUCCCCACUCCGAAAUUUAUCAGGCCCGAGCCCCCCAGGCCCAAUUACAUCCCCAAGCUCUGCCUCUGGAGUUUCGGAUUCUCCAGGGUUCUUUGGCACCACUCUGUCCCUGCCGCCAUCCCCCCAGGAGAGAAAGCUCCCAAGUCCAAGGCCACUGGACCCAGCUGCUUCCUUAAGCUCUGCCUUGAUUGCAACAGCAACACUAGACUCCACCACCCCCUCCUCUGGCCUGGAUAACCCCUCUCCCGCCAGCCUCGGGAACCUUUCUGUGCAGCCAGAGUGUGGGCCAGGGUCCUGCAGUGUCAGAGAACUGCCAGAACGCGACGGGCAGCCUCCUGCGGCCGCGCUGCCGCUCUUCUUCCUGACCCUGGAGGCCGACUGGGCAGAGGCCAGGGCUCGCUGGGGUCUGGCCUGGGAGGCCCACGUGUACGGGCUAGGCGCGCUCUUCGGCCUCGUGGCGCUGCUGGCGCUGCUGGCUCUGGCCCUCCUGCCCUGGCGCUGCCCGCCCGGCGCCCCCUGCCUGGCGCUGCUGGACCUGCUCCUGCUCUCGGCCGGGACCACGCGGGCCUUCCCGCUCUUCUACGACGCCUACGGGCACCGCGACCGGCUGCCGGCGUUGGCCUGGCUGCUGCUGCAGGACCUCCCGCUGCCCUGCCUGGCCGCCGGCCUGGGCCUGGCCUGCCUGCUGCUGGCGCGGCCGCGCCCGCCGCGCUGUCCCGCCGCCCUGGCCGCGCUGCUGCUCCUGGGGCUGGGGCUGGCGGCCGCCGCCGCCCUCGGGAGCGCCGCCCACCGCCCGCUGCGGGCCCUGCGGCUCGCCGCCCGCGGGCUGCACGCCUUCCUCGCCGCCCUCCUUUCCGGGCUCCUGCUGGCGCUCUCCUGCUGGGGGGGUCGGCGGCGGCGGGCCGGAGCGCCCCUGGGAGGGUCCGGCUUCGAGGGCGCCACCCCCCUCCCGCAGGCGCGCAGCCCCUUCGGCCCGCGCGAGUCCUGGCGGCGCGCAGCGCGCACGGCCCCGGUGGCGGGCACCUUCGGGCUGCUGAGCGGAGCCCUGCAGGGCUACGAGGUGCUGCACGCCCUGGGCUACGGCGGCCAACCUGGCCUGGAGGGGCCCUGGCCCUGGUGGGCCUUCCAGCUCGGCCUGCGCCUGGGCGAGGUGGGCGUCGCGCUCCCGUUGGCGCUGCUGGGCCUCUACCCCGCGCUCUGCAGCCCCCGCGUGCCGCCGCGCUGCUGGGCCAAGCUCUUCCGCUUGUCCCCCGGCCACGCCGCCCCGCUGCUGCCGGGAGGCUGGGUCACCGGGCCCCCGGACAAGAAGCCCCUGGGGAGCGCCAUCGCGCGUGGCGACGCGGAGCUGCUGCAGCUGUGCGCCCUGGCAGGGCCGGGCCCCGACCUCCUACUCCAGGGAGGAGGCUGCCGGGGCUUCGACGGUGCGGCCGCCAACCCGGCCCCUUCCCUGGCCUCCUCCCCCUGCAGCGAUUACACCGUGGACUUCCGCCCGCCCUCCCCCAUCAACCUGCGGCGCAGCAUCGAGGAGGCCCUCUGCAGCGAAGCUCUGCUAGCGCCCGGCCUCUUCCAGGGCCCGGCCUUCGGGGAAGCCCUGCCUGGGCUCGGCCUCUACCGCACCGCCUCUCUGGGCGCGCAGACCGGGGCCGGGCCCGGUGGGAGAUCUGGGGAGGCCCCCUGCUCCUCCGCGCCCCCCGAGCUCCCCUCUCCCGGGGCGUGGCCCGCGGGCAGCAGCGCCUCAUCCGGCUCGCUGUGCGGACUGUCGCGGGACAGCUCGUCCAUGCUGCUGUGCUCCAGCCCGGACAGACCCCCGCGCUGUCCGCUGGUCUGCGUCCUCAGUCCCCCGCGGCCCUCAGGAAGCAGCCCUAGCCUGCCGGCCUCAGGAUCCUACCAGGCCCUGUCCCCACCCUCCCGCGACUCCCCAGAGCCUGCUCCUGAGCUGCGGGCCGAAGAGGCCUUGCUGCAGGAGCAAUUCCUGGACGCCUGCCGACAGAUUGACGAGCUGAGCAUGGGCAGCGACACCAUAGACCUGUGA